ACUUAUAGAUGACAGACAGAUCAGAUCAGACCAUCCAUCAUGUGAACAUCAGUCCAUUCUUUCUUUCUUUCUUUCUUCUCUUUUCUUUUUCCCUUCUUUCCCUUUCACUCUCUUCUUCUUCUUCUUCAUCUCUCUCCCUCUCUCUCCUUUCAGUAUUAUCAUAUUCAACUCACUCUGCAUUAUUCCUUAACAACAAAAUUCUCUCUCUCAUUCAUACUUCACUUAAUCAUGGCCACUCAAACCACUACUACUGUAUCAGAUCUUUCAUCAACUGCUCCAGAGAACGUUGAUGAGAAGCUGAAAGAAGUGAAGCAAGAAGAGAAGAUUGAGGAUAAGAAUGUUGAUCCUCCUCCUCAAGAAGAGGAGGUAAAGAAGAUUGAUGAUGCUCCAGUGGCAAGCAAAGAAGAAGAAGUUCCAGUAGAAGAAACUGUAACCGAAACUCUGAUAAGUCAAAAAGGUCCUGUUGAAGAGGUUGCUAAGGAAGAGCUGAAGGAGGAAUCAAAUGUAGUAGAGCCCACGGUUGACGUAAUUGAACCAUCUGUUACUUCUGAUAGUGUUAAGGAUGAACAGAUAACUGUCGUCGAAUCUAUUGAAAAGCCUGUUGAGGCUGAAAAGACGGCUCCUCUAGAAGAGGAAAUACCAGCACCAUCAGAAGUUAAGCCCAAGGAAAUUGUGAUUUCUGAACCAGCUAAAGAAGAAGAUGAAAAGGCAGCUCCUCUAGAAGAGGAAAUACCAUCAGAAGUUAAGCCUAAGGAAAUUGUGAUUUCUGAAACAGCCAAAGAAGAAGAUGAAACCAAGGCUGAUAAAACAGAGGAUGUUGUCGAGACACCACCCAAAGAACCCGAGGCUAAGGAAACCGUCGUUGAAACAGAAACAGUUGAGCAAGCUACGGUUGAGAAGGUUGACGAUCCUGCAGAAAAGAUUGAGACACCCCCAGCAACCAUUGAGAAAAUAGACGAUCCUGCUGAAAAGAUUGAGACACCGCCAGCAACCAUUGAGAAUAUAGACGAUGUUGUUGAAAAGAUAGUUGAGACACCGCCAGCAACCAUUGAGAAAAUAGACGAUGUUGUUGAAAAGAUAGUUGAGACACCGCCAGCAACCAUUGAGAAAAUAGACGAUGUUGUUGAAAAGAUAGUUGAGACACCGCCAGCAACCAUUGAGAAAAUAGACGAUGUUGUUGAAAAGAUAGUUGAGACACCGCCAGCAAUCAUUGAGAAAAUAGACGAUGUUGUUGAGACACCGCCAGCAACCAUUGAGAAAGUAGACGAUGUUGUUGAAAAGAUAGUUGAGACACCACCAGCAACCAUUGAGAAAAUAGAAGAUGUUGUUGAGACACUGCCAGAAACCAUUGAGAAAAUAGACGAUGUUGUUGAGACACCGCCAGAAAUCAUUGAGAAAAUAGACGAUGUUGUUGAAAAGAUUGUUGAGACACCGGCAGAAACCAUUGAGAAAAUAGACGAUGUUGUUGAAAAGAUAGUUGAGACACCACCUGCUGAAACCGAGGUUAAGAUUGAAAGCGUGAUCGAAGCAGCUACAGUUGAAACAAAUGUUGACAAAUUAGAGGAUGCUGUUGAAAAGAUCAUUGAGACACCACCUGAAAAAGAAACCGUGAUUGUUGAAACAGAAAAAGAUGAGAAAGUUGACGAUGCUGUUGAAAAGAUUGUCGAGACACCACCACCUGCAGAGCCCGAGCCCGAGGUUAAAGAAAGGGCGAUAGUUGAAACAGAAAAAUCCGAGCAAGCCACGGUUGAGACACCACUAGAAAUUGUCGAAACAAUAAAAGACAAGGAAACAAAUGUCGAGCUCGAGAAAGUUGAGGAUGUUUCUGCUAAUAUCGAAACAACACCACCACCUGCUAUUCUUGAAACCGCAGAAAGUGUGGUUGAGAAAGUUGAGGACAUUGCUGAAAAAACAGAGACACUGCCCACAAUAGUUAACAAAGUCGAGGAAAAUGUCACUGAAAAGAUUGUCGAAAAGGCAGCCACAGUUGUCGAAUCAACCAAGGAAGAAGUAGAAGAAAUUAAGCCUAAAGAAACAGAGAUUUCUGGGCAAGUAACCAAUGUGAUUGAAGAUGUGAAAGAGCAAAUUCUCGAGUCAGUAAAAGCAACAACAACAGAUGAAGAGAAAACCGAACCAAUUAUUCCCACAGAAUCUUCGUCAAGAGACAUUUCAUUAAUCGGUGAAAAUGGAAGCGAAAGCAUAAAGGAGGAUGUUGUUGUAGAGAAGGCAGCCAUCAAGAUUAGUGAAACUCUGGAGGAGAAGCUGAAGAAUGUAGACGAAAGCGAAAAGGUGACAGAAGUACCAAAAGAAGUAAAGGUGGAAAAAGCUAAACACUCGAACAAUCUCAUGUCAAAGGUAAAACAAUCUCUUGUUAAGGCUAAGAAGGCUAUAAUAGGGAAAUCGCCAAGUUCGAAGACACUCACGGAGUCCAAGGAAGAUGCGAAAGGUAAAUGAAAUCCGUAAAAAAAAGGUUUGUGUUUGAAGUAAUUGGUUUAUUUGUUUUGUUUUUGUUGGUUUGAUUGUUUGUUUCAUGAUGUAUAGUAUAGUUUGUUUGGUUGCAAUUUGUUUGUUAUUCAUGAUUUGGUUGUGUGAUUAAUUAGAACAUUUAUAGUGAUGAGUGAUUUUUACCUUUUUCAUUUUAGACACAGGGUUAUGUUUAUUGGAUUGUUUACUAUUACAAUUAUUAUUAUUAUUGUGCUAAAUUCAGCUGAAA